UUCAGAGGUAGCUAGCUACUUGUUCAAUAAGUUGCAAAUAUUCUAAAGGGGUUACUUAGAAACCAAAGCUUAAAUGAAGAAGGAAAAGCGACUUCUGGUUUGUAAUUAGAUAUUGGAUUGCAACACCUUCUCUUCAACCACCCCAGCACUCUUAUUCCUCAUCCUAGUUUGGUUCAGCAUAAGCCAUCCUUCAUAAACAAAACAACACAUAUAUCAGGAAUUCUUUAUUUAAUGCAAAAUACCAACCACAUUACGAUGGAUACAAACAAGCAAAACCAAAUUCACCGUAACAAAAACAACCACUUCAUCAAUUCCCUCUCAUUAACAUUAUUUUCACUUGUGGAACCUGAAAGGUCAUUGCAAGGUCACCCUCAAUAAUUUUUUCCCUUCACAAUUUAAACCAAACCUUCUCUCCCAAUUCUCUCCCAGAGCUCACAAUCUGCAGCUCCACCGAAAGAAAGAGACAACAUGAAGAACAAUAACAGCAACACAAAACUCAUCCUCCUUCACCCGUAUAUCCAAAAACAAGGAAGCUCCAACCGUUUAUGGCUUCUAGCAUUCAUAUCCUUCUUCACCUUAGCCUUCCUUGCCACCCUCAUUUACACAAGAGACUCAAACUCAAACUCAACCUCACCAACCACCAUGCACACCACCUCUUUAUCCACCAACACCCCAUUACCCUCCACAGUGAUCAACACCCUCAUCCACUACGCCGCAAAAUCCAACGACACCUACCACAUGCCCCACUCCGACAUCAAAACAAUCUCCGACGUGCUCCGAAAGUGCUCCUCCCCAUGCAACUUCCUCGUCUUCGGCCUCACACACGAGACCCUUCUCUGGAAAGCCCUCAACCACAACGGAAGAACCAUCUUCAUCGACGAAAACCGCUACUACGCCGCGUACUUCGAAGAGAAGCACCCCGAAAUAGACGCUUACGACGUUCAGUACACGACAAAAAGGAGCGAGAUGAAGGAGCUCAUAGCUUCGGCUAAGGAACAAGUGAAAAAUGAGUGUAAGCCAGUGCAGAAUCUUUUGUUCUCCGAGUGCAAGUUAGGGUUGAAUGAUCUUCCAAACCAUGUUUAUGAGGUUGAUUGGGAUGUGAUAUUGGUGGAUGGACCUAGAGGUGACUGGCCGGAGGCUCCCGGAAGAAUGUCGGCGAUCUUCACCGCCGGCGUGCUUGCCCGGAGCAAGAAGGGUGGGAACCCUAAGACGCAUGUUUUUGUGCAUGACUUCACGGGGAAGGUGGAAAAGGUUUGUGGGAAUGAGUUUCUUUGUAAGGAAAAUUUGGUGGCGGGAACUCACUCUUUGGGACACUACGUGCUGGAGAAGAUGGACGAGAGUAGCGUCCAGUAUUGUAGGAAGAAUAAUAACAAUAAUCACUCUUCAGGGAAUGCUUCUUCGUCUUAGUUCUUUGUGUCUUCGUCUCUUCGACGUUACUAUAAGCUUUAUUCAGAAGUAUCAUAGUCAGACACAACUCAAUUCAACGUUACUGUCGUCCUUCUGGGUAUUUAUGAUUAUCAUCCUUUUAGUUGCAUCGUUUACUUCUUCUUGUGGAGCUUGUAAAAGAUAAUUCUUUCUUCUUUUUCUAUCUCAUUUUUCGUCUUCUAUUGUAAUCUCUUCAAGGAAUUAUUCAUGAUUCCAAUUUCGGUUGAGGAUGUUGAUUACUAUAUGUACAUUACUGCGAGGUGGGAAAAUGUAGGAGAUUAUGCGAAUUUAAUAAUAAAAUGGAGCUGGUUAAUUACAUUA